AUGAUUUUCCAUCCGCCCUCAUGGCUCCCCGCUAUUCCAGAAGACCUGUCCAAAGUUGGGACAGUAGGCGAGUUCGUCCUUCGUGGACCAUCUAGCGCACAAGAGUCAGCAACUGAAAGCAAGAAUCCUCUCGUUUCUGCCGACGGAACGAAGAGGAAGUCCUACCGGCAGCUCGCCGAGGAUGUCGAAGCCCUAGCUGCGGGCCUUGCGCAGGAAUUGCAAUGGUCUUCCAACGAGUCUGCGCAGGGUGACAUGAUAAUUGGGAUUUGGUCCGAGAAUACUGUCGACUACCACACAUAUUGCUUCGCGACGCAUCGCCUUGGCGGCACGAGUCUCGUUCUCCACGCAAGCACGUCAUCUGAAGAGAACAUCAGGCAUCUCAAAGCCAGCAACUGCAGUGUUUUAAUUGUGUCUCCUGCGCUAGUCGAGGCCGGUCGUGCUGCGGCAGCCGCUCUGCGGGGUCUGCGAGUGUAUUUAACUGCGUCUCUGGCUGAAGACAGCAGCAGCGGAUUCAAGACCAUUGAGCAGUUACUGGAGUCGGGAAGAACGCUGGGCCCUGUACCAGUGCUGGGGAAGCCAUGUCCAAUCGCCUAUUUGUGCGCGACGAGCGGAACGUCUGGGGCGCAGAAACUCGCCCGCCUAACUCACAGCGGCAUCAUCACAAACAUCCUUCAAAUGAAUGCGGUAGCUAGUCUAUCGCAUAAUCCCGCUGGAGAGGUUGCGCUGGGGUGUCUCCCGUUCAGUCACGUCCAGGGUCUGGUGGCCGCGCUGAGCCACAUCUAUCUGCGCGAUGAGCUUAUAGUCCACCCGACCUUCGACAUGAAGGCCGUCCUCAUGUCCAUCCAGGUGCACCGGAUUAACAGGCUCUACGUAGUCCCCGCAAUCCUCGCAGCCCUUGUCGCCAACCCAUUCCUUUUCAAGGCGUUUGACCUGUCAUCCGUGGAUAAGGUUCUUGUCGGUGCUGGAGCCCUCGCCCACGGUCUCUACACCCGUGUAAAAGCCGCGCAGCCAGGGUGGGCGAUAACGGUUGGCUAUGGUCUGACUGAAAGCUCCGUCGGUGUCUCAUUGAGCAGCCCGCACGAAUAUCUCCCUGGCUCGAUCGGAGUCCUCUUGCCGCUGUAUCAGGCACGUCUUGUCCGCGAAGACGGGAGCGAAGUUGAGGGUUUCGACGAGCCCGGCGAGUUACUCCUAGCUUCGCCCAAUCAAGCAGCGGGAUACCUCGGAGACGACGAGGCCACAGCCACAACCUUCCGCGAUGGCUGGCUGCACACGGGCGAUGUUGCUCUAUUCCGCCAGAGUCCGAAAGGAGACGCCCAUCUCUACAUUGUCGAUCGUCUCAAGGAUAUGAUAAAGGUCAAGGGUAUGCAAAUAUCGCCCGUUGCGAUCGAAGACUGUCUGCGUCAGCAUCCCGGCGUCGUGGACGUUGCGGUCAUCGGUGUCCCAGAUUAUCUAGCCGGAGAACGACCAAAGGCAUUCAUUGUUCCCGCCAAGAAGCCAGCGGAAGGAGAGGUGGAGGCACUUUUUGACGAUUGGGACGAGUUUGUGCAGAGCAAAUUGACUGAGUUGCACUGGCUACGCGGUAGGUACGAGCUGCUGGAGGCAUUGCCGCGGACGCCUUCGGGCAAGGUGACCAAGGGUGUUUUGCGGAGGAGACAGGAAUCGAAGGAUUGA